CCAUCUUUGUCAACGAUGGCGUUAAACGUGAUCAAGAUCUCUCAAAUCAGCCCUGCAACCAACUCGGUCGAACCUCUAAUCCUCCCACUCACUUUCUUUGACCUUAUGUGGCUAAAGCGCAAACCCACCGAGCGAGUCACUUUCUACAGACUCACCGAGUCAUCUCACGGCACCUUCUACUCCGUUAUCCUCCCCAAGCUCGAGCGAUCCCUUUCCCUCACCCUCACGCACUUCCUUCCACUCUCCGGCCACCUCAAGUGGAACCCUCAAGAUCCUAAGCCUCACAUCGUUGUCUUACCGCAAGACACUGUGUCUCUCACACUGGCCGAGACUAGCGCUGAUUUCUCUCGUAUCUCCUGCAAAGGGCUUCGUCCCGAGGCUGAGUUACGCGCUUUGGUGCCCGAGUUACCAGUUUCCUCUGACUCAGCAUCUCUCCUUUCUCUCCAGAUCACUCUGUUCCCGAACCAAGGCUUUUCCAUCGGAACCACCGUCGACCAUGCCGUCAUGGACGGACAAACGGGGGCAAAGUUUCACAAAUCAUGGGCUCAUAUCUGUAAAUACGGAACCAUACCGCAAGAUUUUCAUUUACCUACGCUUUUAGAUCGUUCCAUCAUCAACGUUCCAGCUGGACUUGAACCAAAGAUCCUCGACCUUAUGUCGUAUCUCGACAAAGGUAGCGCAAGAACCCUAAAGAUAUCUCCCUUCAAGGAGAUCAUCGACGACGUUGUCCGGAUCACGCUAGAGAUGAGUCAAGAGAACGUCGAUAAACUCAAGGAGAAAGCCAAGAACGAGUCAACGACGUACUCUGAUCUUCACUUGUCAACGUUCGUAGUCACGUUCGCAUAUGUAUGGACCUGCAUGGUGAAGACGCGUGGAGGCGAACCAGACCGACCGGUUCGAUUUAGGUACGUUGCUGAUUUCAGAAACCGGUUAGACCCGCAGGUUCCUGAGACCUACUUCGGGAACUGUGUCGUAUCCAUCGUUUUAGAUGAAUACAAGGCGAAGUUGUUUUUGGGAGAAGAUGGAUUCGUUAAUGGCGUCAAGAUUCUUAGUGAUUCGGUCAAAGGUUGCGGUUCACGAGGGGUUGAGUCAAUAUGGGAGCAGUACGAGGAAGGAAAAAAGAACUUCAAGAUGGGUACACAGGUGUUAUCCGUUACCGGGUCUAACCAGUUUGGGAUAUACGGGUCAGAUUUCGGGUGGGGAAGACCCGUUAAUACAGAGAUGAUGUCCAUUUACGGGAACAGUCAGAUCUCUAUGUCGGCAAGGAGGGAUGGAACUGGUGGCGUCGAGAUAGGUGUCUCUUUGAAGAAAUGUGAGAUGGAUGUUUUUAUUUCUUUAUUCACAAAUGGACUGGACGACUGAAUAAAAAUGGAUUUUGAUCAACACAACAAUAGCUUCCUGAAUGGAUAUUUUUUACACAACAAUAUCAACACAUACAUAGCUUACUGAAUAUUUUUUUUUAAUCCAAUUGAACUAUUAUAUCAUGUUGUUCUUGUUAGAUAGACUCAGAAGAAUUUUUUUAUCCAAAACAAGACUCACUUUGUAUCACAGC